ACAAGCUUGUGUUUUAUUUAAAUUCACCGAAUUUUAAAAAGCCAUAUAAUUUUAAAUACUAUGUAAUUUCUAUUUCUUAUCUCAUCACUCUCUUGUCAGUUUUCUUCAUUAAUAUAUACUUAAUAUUUAUCCCCAUCCGAUUCUAUUAUUACUAGAUAAUAUUAUAAUUUUAUGUCACAUCUUAUACUUGUCAUAUAAUUCCAAUCAGCAAACGAUGCGUAAAAUUGUACACUACAGGCAGUUUGGUAGCGAGAGAAUUCUUCAUUAAGAUAUUAAUUCGCCAUGGAUGUAGAUGCCCCUACCUUUAAAAAGCAAUUUAUUUGUCACCAGUGGCUAACAGUUGUGAUUCAAAAAAUUGUUAAAGUAUGGAAUCAGCUAGUCAAUUAUAUGUUUAAUUAUCAAGAUGGCACUUGUUUAGCAGCAUUGCGUAUGAUAUUUGGAUUUCUCAUGUUAAUUGAUACAGUUGAUGAACGAGGAUUUUGCCGUGUUGAAAAACGAUGGAUGGAAUCCGCCAAGUGUUAUUUUCCUUUAGUUGACUUUAUACAGCCAUUACCAGGUGAAUGGAUGUGCUUGGUUUAUGCUACAAUGUUUACAGGAAUAUUAGGCAUUCUUAUUGGUUUCCACUAUCGCACAAGUUGUGUUAUCUAUGCUAUUCUUUAUUGGUAUAUACUUUUAGCUGACAAAAGUGCUUGGAAUAAUCAUUCAUACCUUUUUGGAUUACUAAUCCUAUUAUUUUCCGUUAUUGAUGCACAUAACACUUGGUCUGUCGAUAAAAUGUUGGGAAAAAUACCAGAGAAGACUUCUAAUGUGGUACCUCAAUGGAACUAUAUGCUAUUGAAAAUACAAUUUUUUAUUUUAUAUUUUGUGGCCGGUUUAAAGAAACUGGAGCCCGACUGGCUAUCCGGUUACUCAAUGAUGUCGUUAGGAUACCACACAGUUUUUAGACCAUUCAGGUACUUUUUUCCGGCUAAGUUUGUUGAUCAUUGGAUAGUGCAUGUAUCUGGAUUCCUUAUAGAUCUUUUAUCCGGUUUUGGUCUAAUAUUUCAAUCUACUAGGAAAAUUACACUUAUUGUUCUAAUAGCUUUUCACUCUAUGAAUUCAAUGAUGUUUUCCAUAGGUAUGUUCCCAUAUAUGUGUACUGCUAUGUUACCAGUAUUUUGUAACACAGAUUGGUUAUCUCAAAAAUUAUCGAGUCUUGUUAACUAUAAACCAUAUAAUAAACCUACCCCGCAGCUACCGUCGCCUCUUAAACAAAAUCUUAUAGUGGCUGGUAUAUGCAUUUAUACAACAUUGCAAAUGUUUUUACCUUACUCACACUUUAUUACACAAGGUUAUAAUGGAUGGCGCAAUGGUUUGUACGGUUAUUCUUGGGAUAUGAUGGUGUACAACAUUGAUGUAGCUAAGAUUCAAAUUAAAGUAGUUGAUCAUAGUCACCACGAACAAUUUUAUUUAGAUCCUCACGCCUGGACAGAAAAUAGCAAAUGGAUAUUACACGGUGAUAUGAUACGGCAAUUUGCUCAAUGUGCAGCUGCCAAUAUGCCUGAUCGAACAAACAUUACAAUACACAUGGACAUAUGGGCAUCAUUAAACGGUCGUUUUCAUCAACGUUUGAUUGAUCCCCAAAUUGACAUACUUAAGGCCCCUUGGUCUCCGUGGUCCAAAGUUGUGUGGUUGAUGCCCAUAAUGCGUCACUUAGAUAAAUGGCGGCCUUUAAUAGUUGACGCCAAGAACCAAGCACAACUUGAUCUUAUGUUUUUGGCCGAUUUCCCUGGUAUGAAAGUUCAUAAUUAUUUUGAUAAUGACACCGAAAUUAUUUUAUCAAUACUAGAAGGAGUAGUGACUGUCGAUGAUGGUGAAGGACCCGUUCAGUUAAUAUCAGGAGACGCAGCUAGUGUGAACGGUGAACAUGCUAUCACUACGAUGAGUACUAUGCCAUCAUGCUAUAUAUACAUAAUAAAUAAUACAAUAUCUUCUGCUAAUGAAAAUCAAAAAAUUACCAUAAAUGAUCAAAAAAAUAUCGAUUUGCAAUCUCGCUGUUCAACUGUUUGCUAUAGUUUUAUUUACAGAUUAAUAACAAACUUAGCGAAAAUAAUGUUUCUGAUGUAAAAUAUAUUAGUCAAAUUUAGUGGAGAAAUUAGCAUAAUUAGUACAUUGUUAAUAAUUUAAUCAAAAUGUAUUAUUUAAACGUAACGUUAAAUAAGUUUAACAAUUGAAUUUUAGAUAAACAAUGUUUAAUGAAAUAAAAAUGAAUUUUAAGUAUAAAUUAUAUUAAAAAAUAAUCAAGAA